AUGUCGCAAAUGCUAGAGAGCAAGAUUUCGGCGUUCUGUCAGUCGCGUGGUAUUACUUGGAAAUUUAUUCCACCACGGGCCCCGCAUCAAGGAGGACUCUGGGAAGCGGGAGUCAAGUCUGUGAAGAAUCUAAGUAAGGUGUUAAAUGAAUCGCAUUUUACGUAUGAAGAGUUGUGUACUUUGCUGUAUCAAAUAGAAGCAAUUCUCAAUUCGCGCCCAAUCGUUCAGCAGAGUGAUGACUCUAAGGACUACCAGGCUUUAUGCCCAGGACAUUUUAUGAUCGGGCGCGAGUUAACAGCGAUUGCAGAGCCGUUGUAUGGUGACUUGAAGGAGUCGACAUUGUCUCGUUACCAAUUGAUUCAGCGGAGAAAGCAAGCGUUUUGGCGUCGCUGGUCCGCAGAAUACGUGACGGAGCUCCAGAAGCGUGGUAAGUGGUUCAAGGAACCCACUUUGCUACGCGAUGGAUUGUUAGUGGUAUUGAAAGAGGACAAUAUGUCACCUCAGACAUGGAAGCUAGGGCGCAUUGUUUAA